AUGCAACGGGAUGAGGAGCAAAGAAUCCAGCAAAUGGCUCCUACUGUGUACGAAGAAGCCGUGAAAAGGAAUGAAGAGAUCCAAGCUAGAAAACGACACGAGGAGGGGAGAAUUCGGGCGUUGGUCGUUGCCCGCGAGCCAACUUAUGUGCAUGGGAAUACCGCUUCGGUUAGGAAUAAUCCAUUCACUCCUCGGAAAGGCCCCAAAUACUACCCCCAGUCUGGCAGUAGGCACGGCUCCGGGGGCGACGGUGGUUAUUCUGGCGGUGGUAGUAGCAGUAAUGAUUCUGGUGGAGGAGGUUAUUCCGGGGGAGGUACUGGUGACUCGGGUAGCAGCGGAGACUCUGGAGGUUGUGGAGACGGGGGUGGUGGAUGUGGGGAUUAG